UGUACAUAACUGUACUCUCUCUCUCAAGUCUCAAUACAUGAAGAUGAAGGUCCAGCUCUGGCGGAUUUAACAAGGGCACAGAUAAUGAUCGCAGAUCCACUAACGGUUGCAUUCGUAGUCGUGAUUAUUUCUCCGACGAUACGAUGCUGGCGACGUCUCCGAUGCUCAAUUCUCUCUCUUGUAAUUUGUCCGCCAAUUUCACUAUAAUCGACGGAAAUUUUCAACAUUCCUUUCUCUCGAUUCAACCCCGUCCAAUCCCACCGGACCACCACCGCCUUCGCUCUGUUGUUUUAAGCGGCUGUUCGUCUUGUCGCCCUUCUUUCUCUCUCCGGAAAGCAAGUUUCGUUUCGCAAGCUGAGACUUGGUUAGCAGAAGAAGAUCAAGGUCUUGAAGAGGAGGAGGAGAAGAAGAAGAAGAAGAUUUCCCGUUACUUGGCUUCACUUGUGAAGGUGUUAUGCAAGAAAAGCCCACCAGAUUACUUAUGUCCACGACAAAGGGAACCCAAAAACACUACCAGCAGCGGGUUCAUUGUAAGGGGGAGAAAAGUGUUAACAUGUGCUCAUUCUGUAGAUAAUCACACUAAGGUGCAGCUCAAGAAACCCAAUUCUGAUACGUUAUACACAGCUACAGUACUUUCUGUAGCACUUGAGUGUGAUCUCGCACUGCUAACAGUUAAUGAUGAUAAGUUCUGGGAAGGAAUCAUGCCAGUUGAUUUCGGGGGAAUGCCAGCCGUCCAAGAUAAGUUGGCAGUUUUGGGCUACCCAAAUGGAAAAUUUUCUAUGACUAAGACUUCCGUGUCAAGAGUGACCAUGGUAAAAUUUCAAUGGUCGCAAACCGAACUUCUGGGUGUAAAGGUGAAUGUUGCUAUAGAGGAUGGGGUUUCUGGUGCACCUGUUCUUAGUAAAAGUGGCAAAUGUGUGGGAAUGGCAUUUCAGAGCUGCAAGGAAGACGAAAGUGAUAUCAUAGCUGCACCCGUAAUUCAUCACUUCCUUGAAGACUAUUUCCGGAAUGGAGUAUAUACGGGGUUCCCAAGUCUGGGCAUUGUUUGGCAAGAUAUGGAAAAUCCCGAUUUACGAUUGUUCAUGAAGAUGGGACAUGGUCAGCAAGGUGUCCUCAUUAUAGAAGUGAAGCCUAAUUAUCCUGAGUAUGAGAUUCUUAAGCCAAAUGAUAUAAUCCUGAGCAUUGAUGGGAUUAACAUUGGUAACGAUGGAACAGUUCCAUUUACAUGGGGACAACGCAUACCAUUCAGUUACCUUCUCACGAAAAAGUACACGGGAGAUACAAUUGAUUUAAGAGUGCUCCGUAAUUCAGAGAUACGAGAAUAUAGCAUAGUACUCACAACUCACAAGCAAUUCAAGCCAGCCAACAGUAGUGGGAGGCCUUUUCCAUAUUACAUCAUUGCAGGAUUUGUUUUCACUACUCUUUCUAUACCGUAUUUAAGGUCUAAGUGUGGAUAUGGUCUGAAAAACAUUUCGAAUGAGCUAAUAUGGCAGGCGUUGCAUGAAGAGCGCGUGGUGAUUUCUAAGGUGCUUAAGGGUGGCACAAGUGAGGGAUAUGAUGGUAUGGAUGACAUAGAGAAUGCUCAGGUUCUUAAUGUUAAUGGUAUGCCUGUUCAGAAUUUAAAGAGUUUCGCGAGUAUUGUAGAGAGUUGUAAUGAAGAAUUCCUAGAGUUCAUUCUUGACAAACAAAAGGUCUCUCUCUCUCUCUCUCUCUCUCUCUCUCUCUCUCUCUCUCAUAUGCAUGCGCGCACGCAAGUGAUUUUAGUAAGCACCAAAAAAAAGUCUUUUGUAUCUAUUUUAGUAGAUAAAUAUAUAGUUAUAUAGAUAUAUCUUGGAUCCUGGAAUAGUCAUCUUGACAACUCUAUUUGUGCAUUAGUUCUUUGGUUUCAUGUCCUUAUGACAAACUCAGUAUGUAUAUUGUUAUUGCAAAAAAAAUUCAAAGAGGGAAUUUUAAUUUUGACCCCUGUACUUAGGACAGAAAAAUCACUUAGGCUCCUUAACCUAAAAAACCUAUGCUUACCACCACGUACUUUGGAUUAGAUUACCAACAUGAAUGAUAUUGACUGAUUCAGUAGGAAGGCAACUUUACCUAUUCUAAGCCUUCAAAUUUAAACACCACUGCCCCUUAUCUUUCCUUCCCUCUGAUUUUCAAUCCACUUGCUUCCCCCUUCAUAUCUCCGAUGAAUUAAGAGCACAACAAUCAGCCGUAGGAGUAUCCAACUCCAUCACAACAACCUUGACAUUUGGAAACACAAAGCAGAUCAACUUCACACCCACCCACCCCUUAUAUAAAAGUGAGCCUCAAGUUAUAAAUACUUGUCUUUAAGUAUAUGGAAAAUGAGUUCCUGAUAAGGACUUAUUAAUUUUCUGAAAUUUGAAGCAGAUCAGUUACACAUCCAGUAGUCCCCCGCCUCUAUCUCUUGCUCUCCUUAGACGUAUAUUUCUUUCUAAAUUAGUUAGGGUUAUUUUAAUUCUUGCAAACUGAUUGGUGGCCAAAAUCGCGUUUUCUUAUCCCCUGUUAAGCUAUUCACUCACGACAGGAGUUAUCCGCAUUUAGAGGUUACGAACAGAAUCAACUGGGUGAUACGCCAACAGACAUGACUAUUAUCUACUGUUUGGGUGGGAAAUUGGGUUAUGGGGUAGGUGAAAGAAUGAUGGUGGCGGCGAUACCUACCUUUGCGAAUGAAGAAGAGGGCAGUGAUGAAGGCUAUCGGGUGCCAUAGGCCCAUAGCCUAGCCCUUUGGCUUCUUUUUUUGGGGUCAAUCUUGACCCAUCGACUUAAUAAUUGAUUAGUGAAUUAUAAAUUCGAGGUUGCAUUUUGUUUUUGUAAAAUAUAUGUAUCAAUUCUAGUUUUGGGGGUUGAUCCUGGGCGUGCCAAAAGUUGGAUUUUGAUCAUGAUUGGCUUGGGGACUGGUGGCUGAAGGUUGUUCAUGGUGCUUUGAUAGGUUGUGACUUGUGAGUGUAGUGUGCACGGACCUUCAUGUGUAUGUGUGAGGUAUAAUAAAUAAAGUGGCACCGGUACUCUACUGGUUGGGUGAGUGUGUAGAGCAAUGAAGGACAUUGUUUUUGGUGGUGGU